CCAUCAUGUUGUUGAUUCGACGUCUUCCUCCGUGGGACGCCUUCUUCAUCCUCUCGCAGAUGCCUAUGUACAGGCUACUCUGAUUGAAGACUCGCUUGGAAUUAAUCCACUGUUUGAAUGCCUAGACGACAGGAAUCAUGCAGUCAAGGUCUUGGCAGAAUUUCAUUGAAGGCGGCCAUUGGGUUCGCUUGACCAUUCAGAGACCUUGGAUUGGCCGCAAUGGUCUUCGAAACACCACGAAGGGCUUAUUAUCCCGUUGAUGACCUUGGGCUUCGCUACAUGUGCGGCGUUCAAGUUCCGCCGAAGUUUCGUUCUGUCACUCACCAUGCGCUACAGCUACCAUCACCGGCCUUAUAAUGCUUCACGGUAGUCUUUUUUAUUCAGAAUUCGAAUAGUAUGCGUGCCCUCGAACAUUCACUGGUCUUUCUGACCUUUUUGACUGGGUUGUACGCGUAUACAUGGCCUUCGAACAUCGAUUACCUGGAAGGCGUCAUGUAUCAGCAGGCAGGAUACCGUCGAUUUGGCGUCAUCGACGGAGUGACGCCGUGCAGUUUUUCCAGCGAAGGAGAAGGAAAGCAAGCCGCAGCGGAAUGGGUUCGGACUGCGUUCCACGACAUGAUAACCCACAAUGCGGCUGAUGGAACUGGUGGAAUGGACGCAUCAAUCAUGUUCGAGAUGGACCGGCCAGAAAAUCCAGGAUCAGCAUUCAAUUCGACUAUGAACUUCAUGAUCAACUUUUACAACAUACAGACCUCCAUGGCCGACCUUUUUGCGCUCGCGGUGUAUGCUGCUGUCAGAGCCUGCGGCGGCCCUCGCCUCUCUAUGAGGGGAGGCCGUGUUGAUGCUACCGGCCCUGGAGUUGCAGGAGUUCCUGAACCUACCGACGAUUUGGAAACCAUCGUUGCUCAGUUCGCGACGGCGGGUUUCAACACAACGGAGAUGAUACAGAUGGUAGCCUGUGGACACUCUUUGGGUGGUGUACACGGCAUCGACUUUCCUGAUAUCACCGGAGACAAUAGCUCUACCAAUUUCGUCCAUUUCGAUAGCACCUUCAGCUCUUUUGAUUCUGCCAUCGUCACCGACUAUCUCGGUGGUGCUACCGGGAACCCUCUAGUUGUUGGACCAGAAGGUUCCAAUUCCGACCUGCUCGUAUUCACGGCGGAUGGUAAUGCGACGAUGCGUUCAAUUUCAGAUGCUCUCUCAUUUUCAAACACUUGCCAAGCUAUACUUCAGCGAAUGAUUGACGUCGUUCCCUCCUCCGUCACGUUAUCCGCGAUCAUCGACUCAAUUCCCAUCAAGCCCGUAGCGAUUCAGUUGACGUUCGACUCCAGCGGAACCCUUGCGUUCACAGGAGAGAUUCGUGUCCUGAUAUCGGACCGAGACGACACAGAACUGACGGUUCAGCUACAUUAUGCCGAUCAUGAUGGUGACAUCCCCUCUAACAACACAAUUUCCACCGCAGAAAUUCAUUCCACUGGAUAUGGUUACGAUGCAGAGUUUAAGUUCUACGCCUUUUCAGCGGCAGUGCCGAAUGGCAUCUCCUCUUUCAAUAUAUCCGUUGCUCCAUCCUCUGGCGGAGAGGAAACGUACGAUAACGGAGGCUCCGGGUAUCCCAUACAAGACAAUAUCAUUUUUCUCAGUUCGCAUUCUUGUCUUGUUCAAGAAACGGAUGCGAAUGGCAACUGGAACCUCACGGCUGUUGCAGCAGUCCGGAAUGAUGAGUCAUUGACGAAUCCUUCCUUUGAUGUUGUGGUGAAGACGCCGCGUAUUGGUAUACCCGUCCCUUCACUGGCUGUUGAGUCUUCUGCGAUGGAGGUCUGGAAUACGGAUGCGUAUAAAGGGUUUACCCUGUACACGGGCCAUUUCAGUCUUCCGAUUUAUUCGUGGUCGACAACGUUUGAUGUGACCGUGGGAGAGUAUUCGGACUCGUUCAAAUUCUCAACCGCUUUGUCUGGUACCUGUUCAUAGGAAAUAUUGGCCUGAAAUGUAUUCCAUUCAUUUGUCAGUGGUAGGAUAAACCAAUAUGAGAUUUCUGUGCUACAUUUUGCCAUCGUCUAGGCUCUCAGAUUCGUGCAGGAUGGUGAUGUCAAUUUUUGUAGAUAGUUUGUCGGAACUAGGGUAUGGCUUCUUGUCUUGGCAGAAUAUAUCGUUGAAGGUGGCCCUUACGCU